AAGAGAAAAACAAAAUGGCCAGAACCAAACAAACCGCUCGUAAGUCCACCGGAGGAAAAGCUCCCAGGAAGCAGCUCGCCACCAAGGCUGCCCGCAAGAGCGCGCCGGCCACCGGCGGCGUGAAGAAGCCUCACCGCUACAGGCCCGGUACCGUGGCGCUGCGGGAGAUCCGCCGCUACCAGAAGUCCACCGAGCUGCUGAUCCGCAAGCUGCCCUUCCAGCGCCUGGUGCGAGAGAUCGCCCAGGACUUCAAGACCGACCUGCGCUUCCAGAGCUCCGCCGUCAUGGCUCUGCAGGAGGCCAGCGAGGCUUACCUGGUCGGCCUGUUCGAGGACACCAACCUGUGCGCCAUCCACGCCAAGAGGGUCACCAUCAUGCCCAAAGACAUCCAGCUGGCCCGCCGCAUCCGCGGGGAGAGAGCGUAGAGUCUCCC